AUGGAGACCAAGACUGAAAAGCCUUCAGACAUGGGUGGCAAACCUCAUGCCGACGACAUCGGCGUCGCAGUCGUCGCGGAAAUCGGCGAGGUCGAACACUUCACCGAGGAAGAGGAUCGGGCAGUGCGAUGGAAGAUCGACCUCCACCUCAUGCCUCUGCUCAUGGUCACCUACCUUAUCCAAUUCCUCGACAAGUCCUGCAUCUCGUACUCGGCGCUGUGGGGAAUGCGCCAGGACGUCGGCCUGCACGGCAGCCAGUACUCGUGGCUGACGACCAUCUUCUACAUCGGCUAUCUCAUCGCCGAGUUCCCGCUCAACUACCUCUUCCAGAAAGUGCACAUCACCAGGGUCUGCGGCGUCAUCAUUGGUCUCUGGGGCACCGUCCUCCUGUGCAUGGCGGCCGCCGACGACUUCGCCGGCUUGAUGACGACUCGGUUCUUCCUUGGUGCGUUGGAGGCCGGAGUCAGUCCUUGCUUUGUGCUUCUCACAACCAUGUUCUACAAAAGAUCCGAACAGCCGCUCCGCACGGCGAUGUGGUUCUCGAUGAACGGCAUGGCGCAGAUAAUCGGCGGGCCCGUCGCCUACGGCAUCGGCUACAUCGACAACGCGCUGCCGGCCUGGAAAUUCCCCUUCAUCAUCUUCGGCGCCCUCACCGUCGCCUGGUCCCUCCUCUUCACCCUCCUCGCGGCCUCCAACCCCACCGCAGCCCGCUGGCUCACGCCCCGCGAACGCGCCAUCGCCGUCGCGCGCCUCGCCUCCAACAACACCGGCCUCGACACGCGCGUCUACAAGCCGCACCAAGCGCUCGAGGCGCUGACCGACGCCAAGUGCUGGCUGCUGUUCCUCUUCACCAUCGCGUCCAACAUCCCGAACGGCGGUGUCGUGGCGUUCGGGCCUUUGAUCGUCGAGGGGUUCGGGUUCAGCACGCUCGGCACGACGCUGCUGGGCAUGCCGAGCGGCGGAGUGCAGAUUGUGGCGUUGUGGGUGAGUGGGUGGAUUGCCGGGAGGUUUACAGGAAAAAAGGGAGGGGCGAGGGUGGGGUUGAUGCUUGGGGGGAUAGUGGUGGCGUUGGUGGGGACGGUGUUGAUGUAUGCGAUUCCCGAGGGUGAGGAAGGGGAGGAGGAGGGGGGCAAGGGGAAGUAUGGAAGGCUGAUUGGGUAUUACCUCCUCCCCGGGUUCAGCGCGACGUAUGUCCUCAGUCUGGGGUUGAUCCAGGCGAAUGUGGCGGGGCGGACGAAGAAGGGGACGGUGACGGCGGCGCUGUUCGUCGCGUAUUGCGUCGGCAAUGUCGUGGGGCCGCAGCUGUUUUUCAGCCACGAGGCGCCACAUUAUCGGUCGGGCUUCGUGGCCAUGAUUGUGUGCUUUGCGGUGCAGGCGGGGGUGUUGGUGGUGUAUUGGGUGGUGUGCAGAAGGGAAAAUCGGAAGCGUGAUCUUGCGUACGGCCAACCGGACGGUGAUGCGGGCAGGGAGAGUAUUGAGCAGGGGUUGUCGGAUUUGACUGAUAGAGAAAACCCGCACUUCAGAUACGCUCUGUGA